GUGUUGUUUUUGGCUCCCGAAGUCUAUGAACAGCGCAAACUGAGGCUGUUAGCAGAGCUGCAUGCUUGCCUGGGCUCUUACAACGUCUUGAAAACUUGUCCAGUCACUGUAGCAUCAUUGUAUUAUUCUAGGAAGUAAUUAUAAGGCGCAUGUUGUAUGCUCAGUAAACUGCCUUGAGAGUUUAUCUUUUCAUGUAUUCUAGUUUGAAUCAAUUUUUUUUUUUAAAAAACCCACACAUUGCAAUUUUUUGCUGUUUAUGUUUCAAAGUAACUGUGCAUGAUGAAAUCUUCAGAUCUGGAGGAGUAUUUUACUUCGCAAUCAGCUGCUCCUUUCCUGAACAACCCGCUAGUGUGUAACUGUUAGAUACAAUCUUACUUGGCUGUCGCAUGACUGAGUCCCGCCUGUAGGACUGCAGAGCGACUAUACAACCUGGCAGUGCUGCAGUUGUGGUGACACCCCUCUGCACUGGUCUUGAAGUUGUUUGUUUUUUGCUCUUCCUCUAUUAAGUCGGGGCUGGUGAUUAGCCUGUGAGCCUGUAGAGGGAGCAACAUAACUGCCGCUGAACCUCCUCACAAUUUCUUCACAAUUACUACAACUCACACACUCAACACUGCUCUUCCAGCAAGUGAUAUAAAAAAAGUCAAAGUUGACCAGGAGAUUUGUGAAGACCUAUUUUCUUUAAAGAUACAAGAUGUUGCAAUGGUGUCUGCUGGUUGCAUUUAUUUUCCAUACCAUAAGGUCACAGGAGAUCGAUGAAACCAUCACCUAUACGCAGUGUACAGAUGGUUAUCAAUGGGAUCCUGAAAGACAGCAGUGCAGAGAUAUUGAUGAAUGUGAGACCAUCCCAGAUGCUUGCAAGGGAGAAAUGAAAUGUAUAAAUCAUUAUGGAGGAUACUUAUGCCUGCCUAAAACAGCUGUUGUUUUCCUGAACAAUGUGACGACGGCUCCUCCUGCUGUUCCUGGUCGUGCUCCUGUUCCCACUCAACAGUCGUAUGCAAUUUUCCCUCACUUACAGCCGCAUCGAUGUCCAUAUGGGUUUGCAUUUAAUGAACAAAACCAAUGUAAAGAUAUUGACGAAUGUGCAUUAGGAAGUCAUAAUUGUGGGCCAGAACUAAUCUGUGUAAACACAAGAGGGUCAUUCAUUUGUCGCUGCAAACCAGGCUAUCAAAAGCGUGGAAAUCAGUGUUUGGAUAUUAAUGAGUGUGAGACAAGUGCCCCGUGUGAUCACCAAUGCUUUAAUAUCGUCGGUUCAUUCAUCUGCCAGUGUGACCAAGGAUAUGAGUUAAAUCCUGACAAAGUUACAUGCAGAGAUGUUGAUGAAUGUGCCUACUCGAGCUACAUGUGUCAGUACCAAUGUAUAAAUGAACCAGGACGAUACUCAUGCCUCUGUCCUGAAGGAUACAAACUCCUGGGUUCCAGGAUGUGCCAAGAUAUAAAUGAAUGUGAAACAGAAAAUGCUUGUCUGGAACAAGAGAAGUGUUGGAACUAUCAUGGUGGAUAUAGAUGUUAUCCUCGAAAUCCAUGCCAUGAGCCUUACAAUCAGAUGUCUGAAAAUCGCUGUGUCUGCCCAGCAGCAAAUGCAGCUUGUCGUGACCAGCCUUAUUCCUAUGUGUAUAAAUACAUGAAUGUUCGAUCAGACAGAUCUGUCCCCUCUGAUAUCUUCCAAAUUCAAGCAACAAGUGUUUACCCCAAUACAUUCAACACCUUCCAGAUCAUCUCUGGAAAUGAAGGCGAGUUCUAUCUGAGGCAAACAAGCAAUGUGAGUGCAAUGCUGGUCUUAGUGAAGCCUUUAACAGGACCAAAGGAGUACAUCGUGGAUUUGGAGAUGUUAACAGUCAAUGCCGUAAUGAACUACCGGACUUCCUCUGUGUUGCGGUUGACAAUAGUAGUGGGACCUUAUUCAUUUUAGUUAAUAUAAUACUGACAAGAAUAGCCAAAGUAAAGCAUUGAUUACCACAGCAAUUAACAUUUUGGUGUGUUUACGUAAUUUGCUUUAUGAUUCAGUUUAACUUUCACAUUUGUAUUUUUUGUCUUUUUGUACAAAGUGCCUUCAAUAUUGUGUGUAGAGAUAACUUACUGAAAUGAAUAUACAUUACAAAUUAAUAUUUAAAGCUACAUAAAGUUCUAUAAUGUCUGCUAUCCAGCCCAAAAUUACCUAAUAUCAUGAUGUACAAAGUUGUUUUCUAAUCAAAUAAAAUGUAGUUCAUAUAUUAA